AGGGCGUGUUACUGAACGUAAACCGGCCUUCAUCACAUGACAAGGGGAAGAAAAUGUCAUUUCCUGCGGUGACGUGUCAAUCAGAAGGUAGCGGCGCAAGCAUAAGUGUGGUCGCAUCAGCAUUUGUAAUAGUGCAGUAACGGAACGAUGUUAGACUUCUUCACCAUUUUUAGCAAGGGAGGCAUUGUACUGUGGUACUUCCAAGGGGUGAGCGAGUCCUUCACUGGCCCUGUCAAUGCGCUCAUUCGCACCUUCAUCCUUCAGGAGCGCAGUGGAAAUGACCCUUUCACUUACAAUUCUCUGAAUCUGAAGUAUAAACUAGAUAAUGAGUUUGAGCUUGUGUUUGUGGUGGGGUUCCAGAAAAUACUGACGCUGACUUAUGUUGAUAAGUUUAUAGAUGAUGUACAGCUCCGGUUUCGGGAUCUUUACAAAAACCAGCUUGAGCAAAAAGGAGCACUGAAACUGCUUGACAACUUUGAUUUUAAAGAUGACUUCCUACGGCUUCUACAAAAGGCGGAGCAAAGCAGCAAAGCUCGUGCUCCGACUUCAAUGAAAACCUAUGAAGAGUCAAAGAAGUACCAGAACACUGUUAAAUCUAUGAUUGAAACAAAAGGGUCUGAUACGGGAAGUAAGAAGAGCAAAAAUGGGAAAAAGAAAGCAUCAGAAACUGGUGGAGACUCUGCUAAAGCAGUAGCACAAUCAGUAUCAAAUAAGAGCAGUUCGCAUAAGAGUGGAGGAGACGUAAAAGAUACACUGAGUGCUGAAGAAAUACAAAAAAAUAGAGAAGAAUUCUUUCGCAAGCGUAAUAAAGGAGUUGGAGAGAAACCAAGCAAAUCUCCCAAGCCUGACAAAAAGAAGGGAAAAGAGAAUCGCAUUUGGGAACUGGGUGGUAACAGUACCAAAGAUCUAGAUUACAGCCAGAGUUUAAAUGGAGGACAAAGCCCUGUGGAUCAAUCUAAAGAAGAUGUGGCUGAGCUGAGUAAAUUGGUUGGCCGAAUGAAGGGAGAGCUUCGUUCAGUGGACUAUGAGAGCAGUGAAGAUGAAGAAGUAGCUGAGGUACCAGACCAUAGUAAAGCCAGCUCUAAGAAAGGAGGCUUUGGUGGAAUGUUGGGCAUGCUGAAAGGACUUGUAGGUUCUAAAAGCCUCACAAGAGAAGAUAUGGAAUCAGUCUUGGAGAAAAUGUGCACUCAUCUUAUAGAGAAGAAUGUUGCUGCUGAGAUUGCCAAUCAACUUUGUGAAUCUGUGGCCAAAAAACUAGAAGGAAAGGUUAUGGGUACCUUCACUACUGUGAGCUCGACUGUGAAGCAGGCACUUCAGGAGUCGCUUGUACAGAUUCUACAGCCAAAGCGACGUGUUGACAUCCUACGUGAUGUCUUGGAUGCACGUUCACAGCAUAGGCCUUUUGUUAUCACUUUUUGUGGAGUAAAUGGAGUCGGCAAGUCUACAAACCUUGCUAAGAUCUCUUUUUGGCUUAUUGAGAAUGGCUUCAGUGUGCUCAUUGCAGCUUGUGACACCUUCCGUUCAGGCGCUGUGGAGCAGCUGCGCAUCCAUCAGCAUCGUCUGAGCUCUCUGUACCCCUCUUCAGAAACGGGGGGCCAGUCCAGAGUCCAGCUGUAUGAGAAAGGAUACGGAAAGGAUGCUGCUGGUAUCGCCAUGGAAGCCAUUGCAUAUGCCCGGAACCAAAAUUUUGAUGUGGUUUUAGUUGACACUGCUGGCCGUAUGCAAGAUAACGGUCCAUUGAUGAAUGCGCUGGCUAAGCUGAUUGCAGUCAACAUGCCAGACUUGGUUCUGUUUGUGGGUGAAGCACUGGUGGGAAAUGAGGCAGUGGAUCAGUUGGUAAAAUUUAAUCAAGCGCUGGCCGACCACUCAAUGUCUGAUAAACCACGUCUGAUUGAUGGCAUUGUCCUCACAAAGUUUGAUGCCAUUGAAGACAAGGUGGGAGCUGCUAUUUCAAUGACAUACAUCACUGGACAGCCCAUAGUAUUUGUUGGAACAGGGCAGACCUACAGUGACCUGCGCAGUCUAAAUGCCAAGGCCGUGGUCAGUGCAUUGAUGAAGGCUUAAAUCACAGCUUUGAAAGGAAGUACCAUCAUGUAUAGUUUAAAAUGACAUUUAGCUGCAGCACCACACGUUAUUUCAAGCAGAAGCACCUGGCACAGUAGCAUUGCUAUUGUAGUAGAAGGGGGGGAAAAAAAAAAUGUUGCUUCAAACCAUUUAAAUUUCUUACAUCUCGUAUGAAUGCGACAGCCUCGCCAGCUUGCCUUGGUUAUUAAAUAAGCAGGCUGACGUCUGCAUCUGUUAAAUCCCUUUAGAUCUUUUACCAGAAGCAGUGGCUUGACUUGUGUGCUGCCAUUUCCUUUCAGUCAUUAUGAUCAUAAGAACAGACUGUGCAGCUUGUCUCACACAUUUGCCCCAUACUGUGCUUUUUCCACAUAUUGCAUUGCUGCCACGCAGGCAGUGACUCUUUGCUGCAUUCCUUAACAUUACCACAGUGCCUACUGCUGCAGAUUUCAGGAGAUAAUCAGAUUAACUUUGAAGUGACUCAUCCUCAUCAAGAAAUCCAGUCCUCCAUUUUGAUGUGCACUUGCCAUGCUUUGUAAAUUCACUAUGAAGUUGGCAUAGCAGCCAUGCAGGUAUACAGUGGGUGAUGAAUGGUUGUUCUGCAGUGAAUUGCCUGCUGCUGUUCCUAUUUUAUUUAUUAAUGUUAAUUCAUUUCCCAAACACAUUUUUAAUGGCCAAGUCGUCUCUUGAUUAUGCUGUGGUGCAAUUUGAGAUUUGGCAACUGUAUGGCAGAGGUAAAAAAAAUUAAAUGUAAGAAUUUACCACUCUUGUUAAAUAAAGCUGCUAUGCCAGUCAGUGUGCUGCUUAUUUUCCAAAAUAAAAGACUUGUUACACAAGUGCCAAAAGUAA